GCCACCAACAAACACACACAAACAGAGACACCUGUACACACACACAGACAUGUACAUACACACAGAAACAUGUACAUACACGCACAGAGACACAUGUACACACACACACAUACAGACACAUGUAUACACACACAGGCACGUACAGACACGCACAAACAUGUACAUACGUACACAGACACAUGUACAUACAUAAACAGACACAUGUACACACAGACACAUGUACAUACAUACACACAAACACACACACACGUACAUACACACAGACACAUGUACACACACAUACUGUACAUGUACAUACACACAGACACAUGUACAUGCAUACACAGAUGCACACAAACACACACACACACACAUGUACACACACACCCCCCUAUAAAAAGUUGCAGUACUUCAUUGUUCACUCACAGAGCCUGGUACUGCACUCUAGGGGGAGGCAGAGAGCACAGCACACACUCCUUCCUUUGCUUUCACUGCGCUCAGCUAUUGACCAGUCUGACGGCUCCCAGUGCCAAUGACAGAUCCGGCCUGAGCUCCGAGCCUGCUCAGCAAGACGGCCCUGGGGGACACACUCGCCCCCACCAUAAUUUCUACUUGCCAUUGGCGAGCAGGCGAGUGGAAAUUUCA